GUCGCCGACUCGUGCGAGCGAGAGAGAAGCCGCUGACUGCACCGCACCGCACCGCACCGCACGCACCCCAAACGCUAUCCAACUCUUAUCCCCUUCGAUCCCCCCUCAACCACGGCAUGGCGGCCCUCCGCCCCCGCGCCGCCGCCGCCUCCGCCGCAGUCGCCCGCCCGGUCGCCGUACGCCGAGGCGGCGUCUCCUCCUCAUCCCGCUGGAAGCUGCAGGGAAGUAUGUUGAAUUGGAAAUCUAAAUGCAGUACCAGAAGUCCACGGACUACAGUUGCUGGUGCAAAGCCUGAUGACUCUGAAUUUGAAAGUGUCAAUGCACCACUCGAGCCCCAAACGUGGGAAGGAAGCUUCUUGUGUGGUUUGUUGAAGAACCAGCCACAAGUACUCCCAGUUGCUGCGGCAAAGCAACUUCAAGAACUAUCUAAUCAAAGAAAGGACACCUUGAUCCGCUGGGAACAUAGCAUCGGUUCUCCUGAGGACUGCCUUCACAGGAGGAUUGCUGAAAUGAAGGAGCAUGAGUGCCAGACUGCUAUUGAGGAUAUCAUGUACACUUUGAUUGUUUAUAAAUUUUUCAAGAUUGAAGUUCCAUUGGUUCCAAAUCUAUCAAAGCUUAUCAGCAAUAAAAGACUACAAAUAUGGCCACCAAGGGAGGCAGAACUAGAAUCAAUUCAUGGACCUGAGGUGCUAGGUUUAAUUAGGGAACACUUGACCAGUAUUAUCAGAUGGGUACAUAGAAAUGGUCCCAAGAUCAAUCGCUCAACACUUAGAAUCAAAAGAAUGCAAUUUAGUCGGAUUUAUUCUGCUUCAAUAAUGUACGGAUACUUUCUGAAAUCUGUCACUACAAGGCAUCGUUUGGAGCUGAUUCUUGCUCAGUCACAAGAAUUUUGCCCACCAAUUCAGUUUCUGAAUGCACAAUUUAAUAGCACCCAGAAACAAGAACAGGAAGAGUCCAUUGGAGGUUCUGCAGAAAUAUCAUCUUCCUCAAAACCGAGUUCUGUUGUUGAUCUGCAUGACUUGAAGAGUUACAUGAUGGGCUUUGAUCCAAAGACCUUGGAGUUAUGCGCAAGGCUGCGCUCAUGCGAAGCUUCUAAUCUCAUUGAGAAGCACAGUUGGGCACUGUUCAGAGAAAGCAUGAAAGAUUUCCUAGAGCCUGAUGAGGCAGUGAUACUCGAUCCGUCAUCCCUAAAGAGAUUGUUGCUUGAAGCCAUUGCAUUUGGUUCCUUUCUUUGGGAUGUUGAGGAUUAUGUUGACGAGAUUUACAAGUUGCAUGAUAGCUGAAAAAAGUACAUGCAGGAAACUCCUGAUGCCUUGUAAAUAUUCUUGAAUCUUGUAUAUAUGAUUAGAUAUUUAGCUUCUUAUGCAUGUAAAUCUUCCUGUCAAAAUUUUGCUAUUUCUAGCAUCCCAGAUUGCCAGGGUGCUGAAUGACUGCCGUAAUUUGCUACUCCUAUAAAGGUUUUGGUACGAUUUCUGGAGCCAGGUACACCUCGUACUUGUAAUUUGUGUUUUUUUCUC